AUGAGAACUUGUAGUGAUAUCGACAGUUCAUCUUAUUUGACUCAAGUUGCUAUUCCUACUUCAUUGUACUCGCAUGCUUCUGGUAUUAAGACACACAAUGGGUCAAAUUUCUCCAAGUGGUAUGAACAAAUUCAAUUCACCUUGGGUGUUAUGGAUUUGGACCUAACAUUGCUUACUAAAAAGCCUGGGGAAAUAACGGAUGCUAACAGUGAAGAAGAAGUUAGCCUAAUUCAAUCCUGGACGAAGUCCAAUAGGCUUAGUCUUAUGCUUAUUAGAAUGAUGGUUGUUAAUGAUAAUAAGACUUCUCUUCCCGAGGUUGACAAUGCUAUGGAACUGUUAACGGCUAUUAAAGAACGCUUUAAAUCAGCGGACAAGUCGCUAGUAGGGACACUCAUGGCUGAAUUGACUACCAUGAAAUAUGGUGGUGAUAAGGGAAUUCAGGAACACAUCCUGUGA